AUGGCUAAAGAGAAAGCUGAGAAAGAGAAGAAGCUGUUUGUGGGAGUUGUAUGGAACUACGCAGCAGAGCUGAAGCUACUGCUAACAGCUCUGUUGAUCCUCUGCACAUUAGCCACUCUUCUCCAGUUCAUUCCGUCAAGGUUCACCAUCUCCACCUCUGAUCUCCGCUUCUGCAUCUCCCGGGUUCUUACUCCAGCCCAAGCACAGUCCCAGGCCCAAGCCCCGGCCAACCAAGUCAUAGCAGCAGAGCUAGUCUCAGCACCAGCACCUUCUUUCCCACCACCACCGCCGCCGCCUCCACCGACGCCGCCGCCGCCUUCUGUUGAGCUAGACCAGGUGCUCGGCAAUGGCGUCAUUAAAAGAGCUUUCAACCCAUACGGGUCGGCGGCUUACAGCUUCGUCACCAUGGGUGCUUACAGAGGAGGCCUCAACACUUUUGCCAUUAUAGGUUUGGCCUCAAAGCCUCUUCACGUCUUCUCAAAUCCCAAAUACCAAUGCCAGUGGGUGCCCAAUCUCAAUUCAAGCCAACCCAUUUCCACGGUUGGGUACAAGAUGCUCCCAGAUUGGGGCUAUGGCCGAGUCUACACAGUCGUGAUUGUGAACUGCACUUUUUCCCAGCCCAUCAAUGUCGACAACUCCGGCGGGAAAUUGCUCCUUCUCGCCUCCACCGCCGGCGGAGGUGACCGGAGCUUCAACACGACCGACACAAUUGAGGCCUUGACUGAAGCACCGGGAAGUUUAAACGCCGGUUUGUUCACUUCAAGGCCCAAGUAUGAUUAUUUGUAUUGUGGGUCUUCUUUGUAUGGGAAUUUAAGUCCUCAGAGAGUGAGGGAGUGGAUUGCUUACCAUGUGAGGCUGUUUGGACCUAGAUCUCACUUUGUGAUUCAUGAUGCUGGUGGGAUUCAUGAGGAGGUUUUGGAGGUGUUGAAGCCAUGGAUGGAGCUGGGCUAUGUGACCAUGCAGGACAUUAGAGAGCAGGAGAGAUUUGAUGGAUAUUAUCACAACCAGUUCAUGGUGGUGAAUGAUUGCUUGCAUAGAUAUAAGUUCAUGGCGAAGUGGAUGUUCUUCUUUGAUGUUGAUGAGUACAUCUACAUGCCACCCAAGAGCACUAUUAAAUCGGUUCUUGAUUCUCUCUCUGAUUACACCCAGUUCACCAUUGAACAGAUGCCCAUGAGCAAUAAGCUCUGCCUCUCUGCAGAUUAUGGAAAAACUUACAGGAAAUGGGGAUUUGAGAAACUCGUGUACAAAGAUGUGAAAAGAGGAAUUAGAAGGGACAGAAAAUACGCAGUGCAACCGCGUAAUGUGUAUGCCACGGGAGUGCACAUGUCACAGAACGUAGCAGGGAAGACGACCCACAAGACAGAGAACAGGAUCAAAUACUUCCAUUACCAUGGAACCAUUGCCAACAGGCGUGAGCCAUGCAGGCAGCUAGUCAACGCGACUGAGACAAACGUUGACAAAAUCCCUUAUGUUAUGGACACCACCAUGAGAGAUGUUGCUGGCUCUGUCAAGAGGUUCGAGCUCAAAAUGAUUGGAAACAGGUUACAAAAGACCAGGCAAUGA